AUGGCUGAACUGGCUGGCUGGCAGCAAGCAGUAGGCAACAACGAUGCAAUGGCAAUAGAAAAUAGCAGCAACAGAAGUGGUGGUGGUAGUGGUAGUAAGCAGCAGUUGAAAGCAUUGACUUUACUAGCGGGAUGGCACGUAGCACGCAACAGUGCGAGGAUCAUGUUAACAGCACGUCAAAUUUGUUGCAAAUCAGCUAACUAA